AUGAACGUAUUUCCUGAUGUGCGGAGCACCCCGGGUUCAGAGCGGGACAGAUUCCUCGACUGGUUGAGACGGGAUGGAGAUUCUGGCAUGAAAUCCGUCAUUACAUCCCCGCUACCCAACAUGGAAGAGCCCAAAUCCACGGAGUCACUCAAGUCAACGGAAGCAAUAUCGCUCCCUGCGCCAUUUAUGCCGAUUGAAGAAUUCAUGUUCACGGUGCCAUUUACUCCAAUUGACGAAUUCAUUUUCACGGUAUCGUUUGCAUUUAACGACGCGUUCACCUUUGUUAAGUCAGCCUCGUCCAACGAUCUGUUCAUAACCAUACCAGCAGAUGUGCCCAGUUUUGAAGGAGCGCCUUUGAACGCAUAA